AGGAGGAGUGAAGGCGACCUGAGAUGUGAUCGCCGUCUUGAUUCAUCACGAUGCCGCUAUUCAACAAGUCUGACACGACUAAAAAAGAGGUGCUUCUGGAGUUUCCCAACCAGUCGACUGUAUUCUGUAGCCAGUUUGAGAACGGCCAGUGGUAUUGCUAUAUUCUGCUGGUACUCUUCACUUUUGCUCUUCCUGUGGGGAUCUUAGGAAACAUCGCCGCUCUCACCAACUACACCUGCUUCAAGAAGACCUCAAGCACCAGCAAAAUUUUCCUGUUGAACCUGGCACUGUGCGACUCAGCCUGGAUCCUCACCCUCCCUUUCACCCUCUACUUCACCUUCCAGAGGCCCUACCUUAAAGACAUACAGAUCUUCUGCCAGUUCAAGAAGAUCUCCUUCAACAUCAACAUAUACGGCAGCAUCCUCUUCCUCACACUGAUCAGUUUUGAUCGCUUCGUUGGGACGGUGCACCCUAUCAGCUCUCUACGGUGGUGGGAUGUGGGUAAAGCCAAGCUGUGCUCAGUUUGCACAUGGGUCGUGCUCGUCUUGAGCUCCAUUCCCGACUUAUUUGUAACCUUCGCAAUUCAGCGCCAAGAAAAUGUUACCGUGUGCAUGGACCACAUCCAGGGUCCUUUUACCUACGUCAGGACAAUCUCCAUUAUCAGAACAAUAGUAGGCUUCCUGCUACCAUUCGGCUUCAUGCUGGCUUUUUACAUCAUGACAGUUCGUGUUUUGCGGCAUCUCCCAAGGGGUAGAAGGCACAGAGGAGCCCAGUGGGCAGGAGCGAAGCCGCUGCGGCUCAUCACUGCCGCUAUACUCGUUUUUGUGGUCUCCUUCGUGCCCUACCACAUCAUGGUCAUCACUCUGGUGUGCAUGAGGAUUCAUAAACAGAUCACACCAUUUAACAUCAGUGUCCUCUAUGCCUCCUAUGAGUUCUUUGAGGCCAUGUGCAGUGUAAGCAGCUGUCUGGACCCAGUGCUGUAUAUUGUGGCUAGUGAGCAGUUCCAGAAGAGGCUGCUGGCCUUGAGAAGAGACCAAUACAGGAGGCUGUGCUGCAGAGCCAGCACGAGGGUUGGGGUAAUUGAGUGA